AUGACUUCCUCCGUAUACUUCAAGUUCAAGUCCCAGAAGGAGCCGACGCGAGUCGAGUUUGACGGCACGGGCAUAUCAGUAUUCGAGCUCAAGCGCGACAUCAUCACCAAGAGCGGUCUCGGAGAUGGCACCGACUUUGAUCUGGCCAUCUACACCGAUGACGGCAAAGAAGGUCAGUUCGCACAGACAACACCCGGGCGUGGCGACGCUUUGCUGACACCGCCUGUAGAGUACGACGAUGACACGACCAUCAUCCCAAGAUCCACGACCGUCAUCGCCAGGCGGCUACCGCCCAUGAAACCCGGAGCCGGUCGAGCUGCUCGCUAUGUCUCGGGAAAGAUGCCCGUCAACGCCAAGAACUCGUCGCGGAGAGAGGCAGCCACCAAGGCGACCGCGAAGACGACCUCGAAUGCCAUCGCCCAGAUGAACAAUGCCAUGACCGAGGAAGAGAAGCUCGCGGCCAUGUUCGCUGCGCAGUCGGAGCAGUGGUCUGCCCAGCAGGAAGAGAUGGCUCAGUAUGUUCCCUACCCCGGCACAAACAAGAUCCGCAAGACUAACCUUCUCCUCCCCAGUCAAACGCCGGUCUUCAAGCCCGGCGCAAAGCGCCCCGCCAACGUCCCGGACCAUGAGCCGCCAAACGGAUACAUCUGCUACAGGUGUGGUGAGAAGGGACAUUGGAUCCAGCUGUGCCCGACCAAUGACAACCCGGAAUUUGACAACCGGCCCCGAGUCAAAAGGACCACUGGCAUCCCCAAGUCCUUCCUGAAGACCGUGGACAAGGCCACGGUGCUGGCGCAAGCGGCCGAGGACGACACCAAGGCUCCCUCCGGCAUCAUGGUCAACGCGGAUGGUGACUUUGUUAUCGCCGAGCCCGACAAGGCGGCGUGGGAAAAGUUCCAGGCCAAGACCAAGACCUCGGCUGACGCGCAAGAGUCGGCGGCGCUUGCAGACAAGGAAUUGCGCGAUAGGGGACUAGAGUGCCCCAUCGACAAGAAAUUGUUUAUAGAUCCAAUGAAGACCCCUUGUUGUGAGAAGACGUAUUGCAAUGAUUGCAUCACCAACGCGCUCAUCGAGAGCGACUUCGUCUGCCCCGGUUGCCAGACCGACGGCGUGCUAAUAGAUGACCUCAAGGCCGACGAUGACGUCGUAAAGAAGAUCGAGGAGUACCAGAAGGAGAAAGAGGAGGCCAGGAAAGCCGAGCAGGAGAAGCCCAAGAGCCCCGUCGCAGAUAAGGCAUCCCCUGUAGCCGAGACGGACACCAAGUCCAACGGCCAGCAGGAGAAGAGGGAGUCGGCAAAGUCGUCCAAAUCACCCACACCUCCACCGGCAUCGGCAGCGGCAUCGGCCAAGUCACCGUCCGCAGAACCAUCAGCAAAGCCCGCUGCCAACAACGCUACGGGCACCCCAGCAGCCACCGACGGCGACUCGCAAUCAUCAAAGAAGAGGCCUGCGGAAGAGCCCGCCGAGAACCCCAAAGUGCCCAAGGCGCCCAAGGCCAUGCAGCAGCAGCAGCAGGAGGCCCAGCAGCAGCAGAUGAUGCAGCAUAUGAUGAACAGCAUGAUGCCCGGCAUGAACGGGAUGGGCGGAAUGCCCGGCAUGCCCGGAAUGCCCAUGAUGCCCUUUGGCGGCAUGCCCAUGAUGAACAACUUCCCGCCCAUGGGCAUGCCCAACAUGAACAUGAACAUGGGCAUGAUGAACCCCAUGAUGAACCCGAUGAUGGGCAUGCCCAACUUUGGCAACAACGGCAUGAACGGCGGCGGCGGCUUCGGCCCAGGAAACAACAACGGCAUGGGUGGUGGCUGGGGCAUGAGCGGCGGCGGUCCCCCUAUGAACGGCGGCCCCAUGAACGGCGGGUACAACCAGCAGUUCAACAACAACAACGGCGGCGGCGGCAACAAGAUGAUGGGCGGCAACUUUGGCCAGCAGGGAGGCGGUGGUGGCGCCGACGAGGAGGCCUACUUCCGCAAGCCGGUCAACCCGCACCGUCACCAGAACCGCCAGAAGCGCGUCCGGCCCAGCGACUACCGGGAGCUGUAG